AUGUCUGAAUCAUUGAAUCAAGAAUUGUUAAGCCGUUUGAUUGAUCGUAAGAUCAGCUUAGACGAGCUAGAUCAACUGGAGAAGGCAACCGAACUUUCCAGUUUUGACAGCCAAGUGGCUUUUGAAUUAGGGACAUUUGUCAAAAACUAUGCUAGUUCAAACUUCCCUGAAAAAUGUGUCGUGAUUGAUAUCACUCUUCCUAAUGGACACUGUUUAUUCCGUACUGUUAACGGAAUAGGUAGCGCAUUUGAUAAUGAUCAAUGGAUUGCUAGAAAACAAAAGACUGCUUUCCGAUUUAGUCAUUCCAGUUUCUUUAUGGGUUGCAAAAAGGGUGACAAAAGUCCAGAAGAUAGGUUUUUUGUUAGUUCAAAGGAGUACGCUUUCCAUGGAGGUGCUGUUCCACUCUACGUUAAGAAUGUCGCUUUUCCUAUUGCAUGUUUGACUUGUAGUGGACUCAAACAAGAAGAAGACCAUCUUUUAGCCAUAACUUGCUUAAAAAACUUUGCAGUUGCUAAAGAUUAG